AUGUCAAUCGAGCCCCAAUUAGAGCGUAUCGCGCGACUGCAACAGCAGCACCCAGACAAAAAUCUCGCACCCGUGUAUCUCGAUGCUGUAGCUGAUCUAGACACGCCUGUGAGCGUACUGCUGAAGCUUCGUGUUGGUCAGACGCACUCGUUUCUGCUUGAGUCUGUAGCCCCUGGCGAGAAAAUUGCGCGUUAUUCGUUCAUUGGGGCCGGACCGCUUAAGGUCAUAGCGACAGGAAAAAAUUACGCAUGUCAAGGUGAUCCAUUGACUAACCUUGAGCAAGAAAUGAAGAAUUAUCGUACUGUGACGCUGCCCGAGCUUAAUGUGCCUAUGACGGGUGGAGCGGUGGGUUACUGUAGCUUUGAUGCUAUACGCCACUUUGAGCCCAAGAUUGCGCCCUAUAUCGAUGCUCAAAACGAUGUGUUACGCAUUCCUGAGAGUAUUUAUAUGUUCUUUGACACGGUCGUGAUCUUCGACCACGUGUUCCACACGCUCAAGAUCGUCUCACAUGUCCGUCUAGACACUGGCGACUUAGCCGCUGCGUACAAAGAAGCUACUGAUAAAAUUCUUGCCGUAAGCACUGCUCUUGAAAGGCCAAUUACUCGUCCUUCAAGUGUGAAUCACGCCAGAGCUCCGACCGCAUCGAAGAUUGACCUGGAACUUGCUUCAAAUGUUGGCAAAGCUGGUUACAUAGGCUUCGUCGAGAAGCUGAAAGAGCACAUAGUAGAUGGUGAUAUCUUUCAAGCUGUACCUUCUCAGCGAUUGACCGUUGAUUUGCCAACUGGCGUGACUUCAUUGGAUUUGUAUCGUCAGAUGCGUAUGAUAAACCCAUCGCCUUACAUGUUUAUUCUAGAUAUGGGUGAAGAUUUUCAAAUUGUAGGUGCAUCGCCUGAGAUGCUUGUCAAGGUUGACCACAAUCGAAUUGUUGAGACUCAUCCGAUUGCAGGCACUCGCCACCGUGGCGCUACUGAUGAAGAGGACAAAAAUUUGAUGAAUGAUCUUCUCUCUGACGAAAAAGAGCGUGCCGAGCAUAUUAUGCUGGUCGAUCUGGGCCGAAAUGACGUCGGCCGCGUGGCUAAGCCGGGGUCAGUGCGAGUUGAGCGCCUUAUGCACAUAGAAAAAUACUCUCAUGUGAUGCAUAUUGUGUCGGUCGUUAAAGGCGAAUUGCGCGAGGAUCGAAGUGUGUAUGAUGCGUACCGUGCUAUGUUUCCUGCCGGCACUCUAUCAGGCUACUUCAGUUUUUCUGGUUUCUUAGACACUGCCAUUGCCAUCCGCACCAUGGUAGUAAAAGAUGGAAAAGUGUACUCGCAAGCAGGCGGCGGCAUAGUGUACGACUCGGAUCCACACGCUGAGUAUAUAGAGACAAUCAACAAAUUGGGCUCGGCUAUCAAGACGUUGGAAAAGUGUGCCACGCACAUCGCACCUGCUGCGCAAUAG